AUGUCUUCGUCGAAAGCUAGCCAAACUCUAGCAAAGGUCUUAGGGAUCAAACUUGAAGACCCCGAUGUAGACAAUGUAACUCGAGGAGAAUCAGUCUUCUCGACGCAUACGGCAGACAGUUUCGUUGAGCAGCAACCCACAAGCGCAGAAUGGCUCUCAGAAAUUACGCCGUCGGGACGAGAUAUACUAAGCUAUUUUAAGUCGUUGUUCCCCUUUCUAUCUUGGAUCGGGUUUUACAACUUACAAUGGUUUGUGGGCGAUCUUGUUGCAGGAAUAACUAUUGGUGCAGUCGUUGUACCACAGGGAAUGGCCUACGCCAAGCUGGCUAAUCUACCAGUGCAAUUCGGUUUAUAUUCAUCAUUUAUGGGCGUUCUUAUCUACUGGUUUUUUGCUACUUCCAAAGAUAUUACCAUAGGACCUGUUGCCGUCGUCUCUACCGUCACCGGCUCUGUCGUCGCUAAAGCUACCAAAGAGCUUCCUCAAUACGAAGAUGAGCCAUGGGUCAUCGCAAGCGCCCUUGCUCUCAUAUCCGGUGCAAUCGUACUUUUUAUCGGUUUAAUCCGGUGUGGAUGGAUCGUCGAACUGAUACCUUUAGUAUCACUUGCUGCUUUCAUGACCGGAUCCGCUAUCAACAUUGCCGCAGGGCAGGUUCCUACGCUUAUGGGCAUCACUGGCUUCUCGACGAGAGAUUCGACAUAUUUGGUCAUCAUCAACACCUUAAAGAACUUAGGCAAGACGGAUUUAAAUGCAGCCAUGGGUUUAACGGCGCUCACAGUGCUUUACGGAAUCCGGUUUUCAUGUGCCUGGGCAGCAAAGAAGUUUCCGAACCAUCACAAGUUGUUCUUCUUUCUCUCAACGCUAAGAGCAGUCUUCGUCAUAUUAUUAUAUACUAUGAUUAGUUGGUUGGUUAAUAUGAAUCGUCGCGACCACCCUGCCUUCGCCAUUCUUAAGGACGUUCCUCGGGGUUUUCAGCAUGCCGCCGUUCCAACUAUUGACUCAGACAUAAUCAACUCGUUUAUUGGCGAACUACCCGCAACAGUCAUUGUUCUACUCAUCGAACAUAUUGCUAUUUCGAAAUCAUUCGGCCGCGUUAACAACUACACUAUAAACCCGUCGCAAGAGAUGGUUGCUAUCGGUGUUACCAACGUCCUUGCACCCUUUCUCGGAGGAUUCCCAUCGACAGGAUCUUUCAGUCGCACAGCUAUCAAAUCGAAGGCAGGUGUCCGGACCCCUUUUGCUGGUGUUAUCACGGCCGCUGUGGUACUCCUAGCUAUUUACGCACUUACGGCUGUUUUCUUUUACAUACCAUCCGCAGCUCUUGCUGCUGUUAUCAUCCACGCCGUCGGAGAUCUUAUAACGCCACCCGAUACGCUUUACAAAUUUUGGAGAAUAUCACCUCUCGAAGUCAUCAUCUUCUUCGUCGGAGUAUUCGUUACUAUAUUUUCAACGAUCGAGAACGGAAUCUACGCCACGAUAUGUAUCUCGUUCGCGAUUUUUAUAUUCCGUGUCCUUAAAUCCCGCGGUAGGUUCCUCGGCAGGAUUCAAGUACACUCCGUGCUAGGCGACCACCUCAUCGGCAAUGACAGCAACGUGAUGGGCGAGUAUGGGACUUUUGAUGCUUUGGACUCUAGUCUUUCACCGCCUACACGCAAUGUUUUCCUGCCAAUUGACCAUGAGGACGGCUCAAACCCAGAAGUCGAAGUAUCUAGUCCCUAUCCUGGUAUUUUUAUUUAUCGAUUUUCCGAAGGGUUCAAUUACCCAAGCGCAAGUCACACUCUAGACUACCUUACAAGCCACAUAUUCGCCAAUACGCGUCGUACUAGAACAGACACGUUUGCCCGUAUUGGCGACCGUCCGUGGAAUGACCCGGGCCCGAAGAAGGGUCAAGAAGAGAACACGGGGUUACCGACGUUGAAGGCUAUAAUCUUUGACUUUAGCUCAGUCAAUAACGUCGAUGUAACUUCAGUACAGCAAUUAAUCGACGUGCGCAAUCAAUUAGACCGUUAUACAGCACCAGACGUAGUAGACGUUCACUUCGCUUGCAUCAACAACCGAUGGACGAAGAGGGGACUCGUCUCCGCCGGCUUCGGCUACCCGACCCCGCGCCCGGACGGCCUACACUCGCGGUGGAAGUCUAUCUUCAGCGUCGCCGAGAUUGGCGGCUCAGAUUCUGCUGCAGCCGCCGCGGAGCAGGAGGCCAAUGAGAAGGAAACUCAAAUACGACCGACUCUCAGCAAGUCGGAGUCAGUAGACCCAUCGACCCAGGAUACUCCCGGACCCAGCACUGCUUCUAGUAUAACGCAGUCUGCGCUUCCGAAAAACAAAGCGCCUGAUUUCACUAGGACUAACGAGACUAGAAAGGUCGCAGUACACGGGCUUAAUCGCCCGCUAUUCCACGUCGACUUGACGAGCGCGCUGCAGAGCGCUAUUGCGAAUGUACGCGCGAGAGAUGAGGUCGAGGCCGCUGGAGGCCCUGAUAUUGGCGUCACGGUUUGA